GUAUAAAUCUUAUCUAUAGAUUUUUUCUUCCAGUAUUUGAAAAGCUGUCUCUCAAAAAACACAAUGAACUGCUUAAGAAGCUCUUCCCAUUAUAUGUGGAGUACUACCGAUGUUUUAGGAAAGGGAGCUACUGGAUCAGUUUAUCGUGGUGUCCAUAAAAAAACAGGAGAGGCUGUAGCUGUCAAAACUUUCAACCAUACAAGUCAUUUGAGGCCUCUGGAAGUGCAGAUGAGAGAAUUUGAAGUUAUGAAGAAAUUGACUCAUGAAAAUAUUGUAAAAAUGGUGGCCAUUGAAGAAGAACUUGAGAGCCAGAAAAAAAUUCUAGUUAUGGAAUUGUGUGAUGCUGGAAGCUUGUUCACCAUCUUAGAUGAUCCACAAAAUAGUUAUGGUUUGGAAGAAGAGGAGUUUCAAAGAGUAUUAAAAGACCUUUCUGCUGGAAUGAAAUAUUUGAGAGACAACAAUACCAUUCAUAGAGAUUUAAAACCAGGAAACAUUAUGAAAUUUAUAUCUGUUGAUGGAAGAUCCAUAUACAAGUUGACUGAUUUUGGUGCUGCGAGAGAACUUGAUGAUGAUGAACAAUUUAUGUCACUUUAUGGAACAGAAGAAUAUUUGCACCCUGAUAUGUAUGAGAGAGCUGUGUUGCGUCAUCCUGCAAAUAAACCUUUUCGAGCAACUGUUGAUCUUUGGAGUAUCGGCGUUACAUUAUACCAUGUGGCCACAGGAUCAUUACCAUUCCGACCAUUUGGUGGACGAAAAAAUCGUGAAACAAUGCAUUAUAUAACUACAACUAAAGCAUCUGGCGUAAUAUCUGGUGUACAACAUAGUGAAAAAGGACCUAUUGAAUGGAGCAGAGAAUUACCUAAAACCUGCUUAUUAAAUCAGGGUCUGAGAGAUUUAGUGACUGUACUCUUAGCUGGAAUUCUUGAAUGCCAUGCUGAAAAAAUGUGGACUUUUGAUCAGUUUUUUGAAUGUGCAAUGGACAUUAUCUCCCGAAGAAUUUUUCAUGUAUUCUACAUGAAUGAAGGCAAAGAAAUAUGUCUUUAUAUGAAACCCACCCAUACCUUACAAGACUUGAAGGAGCAAAUAACUUUACAAACAAAAGUGCCUGUUGGUAAUCAAAUGUUAUUGUUUGAUAAGACUUUAUUUUCAACUCAAGUUCACCCCACUGCAGAAAUUUCUACUUAUCCUACAACAAGCCAAUCUCAACCAAUAGUUCUAGUCCAUACUGAAAAUCCCAACGUAAAAGAUUUGACACGUCUAAGUACAUUGUCAGCCUGUUUUCCAAAUUUCCCCUCCUCCAUCAGUCCAGAGCAUGAUGCUGCUCUGGCCAAAACAUGUUGUAGUGUUGCUCAUGCUGUGAAGAGGAUUGUUGUGAAAUUAGUGAGAUCUAGGGACCUUUUAUUAAAGACUCCUAAAACCUUAAUAUCAGUGGCUGUUGAUACUGUUUCAAAGUUGUGUACAAGCUGUGAUACCCUGAAGCAAAAAACUGAAGAUUUAUACCAUAGAUGUGAUCAACUUGAAAAGAGUACAAACAUGAUUGCUGAUUUUCUCUCAUUGUGGCCAAACGAACAUGAUUGUGACAAUGAACUUCAGACGUUAAAUUUCAUUGUCACAGAAAGAAAACAAUUUAAAGAACAGGUGAAGCAAAAAUUCAUUCCGUUUUAUUCUGCGAUCAAUACAUUGAAGCAAAGGGUCUUGAACUCAAUGCAUACUCCAGAGAAAGGACUACAGGCUGAGUGGGAACAGCUAGCUUCUGAAUGCUCACAUUUGACUGGUUGCAUUGAAACUGCUGAUACCUAUGUGCGAAUAAUACGUGGAAGUUGGCAGUCUUUUGUGAGAGACAGAAAUGCCAGAGGCCUUUCAUUACAAGAUGAACAGUUUCAUAUUUUAGAAAAAAUUAAAGUACAGCAUACAAGUAAAAAACUUGAAGCUCUUCUUCAAGAACAGUGUUUGAAGUCAUGUCUCCAAGCUUCUAAUAAACUGGAUGAGUGGUUCAGUGGCAUGCAAGCAACUAUGGUGCAGUGUAAAUAUCUUAAAGAAGAUUUAGCUGCUGUGAACUCCUUAGUUAAAAGCUAUGGUGCUUCUUUGCAAGAAGCGGAAUCACAAGCUUAUGAUCUAAGUAUACGAAUUAUUUCAUCAUUAAGAUCAUCUGAAUCUAAGGAACCAAAUCAAAAGCAAGCAUCUAUUUCUAUUAGAAGAGAUUCUUCAAAUGUAGAAGAAAUUAAUGGAGAAGUGCCUUUAAAAAUGAAACGCCAAACUUACACAAAGGUUUUUGCUCAAUUGCAGAAUUUGAAGAAAGAGCAUUCAACUUUAUGGGAAAUUGCAGAAGAAAAUAAUAUAUUGAUUGAAAAGUUUGGCAAUAUGUUGAGAGAGACAAAUUGAAAACUGUUGUUGACAAACUUUUGUUUUCAAGGGAUGAUCUAUUAUCUCCAUAUAUGAGGGGGAAAAAAUUUCCUACAAAAAAUAUAUCAUUGUUAACACUAAUGCACAAUAUAGUAUAUUUAGUUUGUAAAUUAUGUUAAUCUGUUGGCUCUUAUAUCUUUCUUUAUCACUAUUUUGUAUCCUGCUUUUAAUUUUUUUAAAAAGUACUUUGCAAAAUGCUUGUAAAAUUUCUUUUUGAUUAUCAUUCUUUUCUUUUUCAGUAUUUUGUUUAGUAUUAGAUGUUAUUUUUUUCACUUUUUUUAUCAUUAUUUACAUUUUAUUGAAUGUUCCUACUAAACAUUUUAUUCAAAAUUAAAUUUUGAUUUGUUUAAAUAACGUAUAAAUAGUUAAAUAAAAUAAUUCCUCCAAAAAUGAACUUUCAAAAUGGGUUUUUGCAUUGCAAAAUAAAAUAAAGACAGUUUCAAUCUCUAAGUAAUGCAUUUUAAUUAACGUGAAAGGCAAUGGAAAUUCAUUUAUGUUAUUAUUUUAUAUUAUGUGAAGGAAUGAUUAUUCAUUUAUGUUAUGUAAAAGAAUGAUUAUUCAUUUACAUUUUGUUAUGUUGUUGAAUAAAAAAAAUUUUACAUUUAAAUUAGUUAUGUUUAAAGCAUUCUCUAAAUAAUUAUUUACAAGCAAUCCAUUAGAAUAAAAUGUUUCAAAAGCAGCACUGACAAAACUUAUUAAGCUAAUGACUAAAUUUUAAAAUAAUGUAAUAAUUUUAAAAUUUAUUGUUUGUGUUAUGAAACUUAUAUCUUAACCCAGUGUAAGUAACAUCAAAAGAAAAUUUAGCUCAUAUUGUAAAAUCAAGUACAUAGUAAUUUGUUAAAAAGAACGAUUUGUGUAACAUAAACUGCUUCUUAAUUUGUAAUUUAGUCGCUUACUUAAUACAUAUUGAAUACCUUCAAAAUUAACAUUAAAACACAAAUUUAUGCAAUUUAAUCUAAGUGCCAAAAUUUUUCUUUUACUAUUCUAGUUGUUUAAAAAAUAUUGUUCUAUUGUUUGAAUUUUUAUGCUUGUUUGUAAUUAUUUUCAAUUUAUUUACUAGUUCUAACAUAAAUUUUUUCCUGUCUAUUAUGUACCUUUUUAUAGCACCCCCCCCCCUCUGCCUUACUUGCCGACAACAACAACAAAUGACUAAAGUAUCUAAGUUUGCAAUAUAAGUUAAUAUUGUUUUACUGAUGUUCAUCGUAAACAUUCCUCUCAUUUAUAUCUAACUUUAUGUGACAAUGACCAAAUUACAUUAUUUUUUUAACCAGUGAUUUUGAAACAAAUAUAUAAUUGAAUGUUAUAAUAUGAAUUAAGGUUUUCUUUUCCGUAUUAAAAUUAAUUGAACUUACAUCAAAAUUUUUUGGUCAUUUAAAAAUUUGACAUUGUGAUUUUAAAAUAUUUUUGUAUUUUUAAACUCAAUGUUUCAUCAUCAUCAUACUUGGCAUGACAGCCAAGGGUGGGCUAAGGAAUUCUGAAGAUCCUUUCAGACCAACCUAUAUUUUAUCUGAAUCACGUUUAAAUCUGAUUCCGCAGAAUCGAGCCAUUGUUUGACCUUUCAGUUAGUGAAGGGCUUUGACACAAAAUUUACUUUACAGGAUCUUUUUUAUCCAUUCUGGUAACAAACUAAGUGUUUAAUGCUUUAAAUUCAUUGCUUAACUUUAAGAAUAUGAUAGAAUUAAUCAAAAUGAACAUUUUUUUCUUUGAAUUAGUUGAAAAUCUGUUAUCUAAAUUUUGAGAUAAGCUUUCAUUCACAAUUUUUUUUUUUUUUUUUUU